AUGAAUCCUUCUUCCAUUCCUCUUGUUCUCACCAACAAAACGAAACAAAGUAGAACAAUAGUCUUACAAAAACUUUAUAAUAAAUAUAUUAUCAUAUUGAAAAAAGGAAAUUGGUUUCAAAUUUCGAUAAUAGAUUUAUUUAACAUUGAGCAACAAUUUAGAGGUAACAUUAUCAAUAUCAAUUCUCAUCAGUCUUCACGUAUUUUUUUUGCUAGUCGUCGAAAUUAUACCCCCAACAUCUCUGGUAGUACCACUGCUUGGAAAGUACCUGAUAUUCGCAAUGAUACUCGUUUCAAUCAGACGUUACGGAGGAUAGCUGUUGAGGUUGAGAAUAGAGAGCACAUAGCAGAGGUCGUAGUUGCCGAGCGUUCGGGGAAUAGAAUCAGAAUCAGAAUCGGAAUCACAAGGAGUAGCUUUAAAUCUGAAUUGCAUUGA